CGGAAGUGUAGCGUUGCCAUGGCGAGGGCCCGGCGCCGGGCCCGCCCCUGCGGCGCCUGGAGGAGCGCGGGGCUGACUGACCGGUGGGCCGGAUCCGAUAGAUUGAGCGCGGCGGAAGGCUGGUGGAGCCGCCGCUGUCUGCGACUGGAUUGCCUGCCCGGGCUCCUCCACAGGGGCUGCCCUCCUGAAGACGGCUGCCAGACCUGCUCCGCCUCACCCGGGCACCAUGUCUGGGACCCCAAGGCUCUAAGCACACACCCUGCCCUGGCUGCUCUGGCUGCUGAGCCCGCCCUCCGGCCACACCUCCUGGUUAGUGCCCAUGCACUGACCCUGGGAAACAGACAGGAGGAAGGAGAGGACAGAGGAGGCCAGGCCAUGGCUGCUCCCAGGCCCUAUCCGGGCUCCUGAGGCUUGGGAGGAAAGGGGCUUCUAGGGCUCCCAGGGGCCUCUGCCCAUUGUCCUGCCCGCCCUUCCCCUUUGGCGAGGCGCCAGGAAGCUGCGCCUUUGUUACCUGGGCGAUCAGCUACAGAACCUGGACUGAGGCAGACAGGUCCUGCUGCUCCCCAGGCUGUGCACCCUGACCCCAGGAGGGAGAGAGGGAGGCCCUGCCCUCAAACAGCCAAGCGGCCAGGGCUCCUGAGAGGUGGCUGCUGGCGUCGCCCACGCGGCCCUUUGUGCCAGGGGCCUGUGCCCCUGGGGCUGCCUGAGCCUGGUCACGGAGUGGGAUCUCCUGACCCAGCCUUGCCAGGGGCAGAGGGCACCGGGCCUUGAGGAGGGGAUGCCCGCGAGGGUCCCAGUCCAGCCGGCUGCCCCGCCCCUCAGGCCCAGCCUGGCCCCCUUGUUCCCCUGUCUGGUGCCCCGAGCAACCCCCCUGGCGGGAAGCCCCCGCCAUGGCCGAGCACCUGGAGCUGCUGGCAGAGAUGCCGGCGGUGAGCAGGAUGAGCACGCAGGAGCGGCUGAAGCACGCCCAGAAGCGCCGUGCCCAGCAGGUGAAGAUGUGGGCCCAGGCUGAGAAGGAGGCCCAGGGCAGAAAGGGCCACAGGGAGCGGCUGCGGAAGGAGGCGGCUGGCGGCAGGCUGCAGAAGCGGGUCCUCUUCCCGCCCAGUGUCACCCUUCUCGAGGCCGCUGCCCGAAAUGACCUGGAAGAAGUCCGCCAGUUCCUUCAGAGCGGGGUCAGCCCGGACCUGGCCAACGAGGAUGGUCUGACGGCCCUGCACCAGAGCUGCAUCGACGACUUCCGGGAAAUGGUGCAACAGCUGCUCGAGGCCGGCGCCACGGUCAACGCUCGCGACAGUGAGAGCUGGACCCCCCUGCACGCUGCGGCCACCUGCGGCCACCUGCACCUGGUGGAGCUGCUCAUUGCCCGUGGUGCUGACCUCUUGGCAGUCAACACCGAUGGAAACAUGCCCUACGACCUGUGUGAGGAUGAGCAGACGCUGGACUGCCUGGAGACGGCCAUGGCCAACCGGGGCAUCACCCAGGACGGCAUUGAGGGGGCCCGGGCCUUGCCGGAGCUGCACAUGCUGGAGCACAUCCGAGGCCUCCUGCGGACGGGGGCCGACCUGGACGCCCCUGGGGACCACGGGGCCACGCUGCUACACAUCGCCGCCGCCAACGGGUUCAGCGAGGCAGCGGCCCUGCUGCUGGAGCACCGGGUCAGCCUGGGCGCCAAGGAUCGUGACGGCUGGGAGCCGCUGCACGCUGCCGCAUACUGGGGCCAGGUGCACCUGGUGGAGCUGCUGGUGGCACACGGUGCCGACCUCAAUGGAAAGUCCCUGAUGGAAGAGACGCCUCUGGGACCCUGCACCAUGACCAGCUGGUGCCCUACCCCCGUGCCUCCCCUUUACCACAAAGCAGUGUGCCCAGGACCCGGGGAGGCCAGACAGGGUCCCCCUGAAUGGCCUCUGGGGCCCACGCUCCCCUUACAGGAGGAGGACUCCGAAGUGUCUAGGCCACACAACGGCCGAGUUGGGGGCACCCCUGGACGGCACCUGUACUCCAAGCGGCUUGACGGGAGUGUCUCCUACCAGCUGAGCCCCCCGGAGAGCGUGGCCCCCGACAGCCUGGGCCGCAGCCUGGGCCGCACCAAGGCCCACCACACCUUGGCGGAGCUCAAGCGCCAGCGAGCGGCUGCUAAGCUGCAGCACGGGCCCGAGGCCCCCGGGCCUGGUCUGUCUGCGGACACAGAGGCCCCCCAGCCUGAGUGUGGCUCCAGGGCUGGUGGGGACCCGCCCCUGCUCAAGCUCACAGCCCCCUCGGAAGAGGCCCCCGUGGAGAAGAGGCCCUGCUGCCUGCUCAUGUGAGGGGCUGGCGCUCGGGGUGCCCAGGCUCUGCUGCCAGGCCUGGUGGAGGCUGCCUCAGGCCUUUUGCUGGAGAUCCCGACAUGUGCCCUGUGGGCAGGCAGCCAGCCGUCCGGGACCCCGCCUCCUCAGGCAGGAAUGGGCCUUGGCAGAAGCCAUACCUGGGGGGCACCUGGCUACAGAGACCUUGUUUCAUCCUGUGACUCUUGAUAAAGAGCCCUCUGCCACCUGC